GACCGCCACGGCGCCGAGCUGGAGGAGUACCAGAAUAUAAUCGACACCCUAGAAGAAGAAAAGCAGUUCCUGACCCAGUCAAUCACAGAUUACCUGAAGGACUAUCAAGAACUACUCCAGGUGAAAGCAGGCCUCAUCCUUGAAAUUGAAACCUACAGAGCUUUGUUAGAAGGGGAGAGCAAGCAGUGGAUUAUUACAUGGAGAGAUGAGCAUAUAGGGAAAUUGCCUCCAGAUAUUAUAAACACUUCAUAUAACUACACUGAUAUUUACUCUACGUAUCAAGAAAGAAAUAGAAAUAGAGCUUCACCAGCUAUCAGGAUCACUGAUACAAGACAUAGACUACCACUGACAAAUACUAGCAGUUCCGCACGUUAUUCAGUGCAGUCAACACAGGCUGGAUCACGGACAACAGCUAGUGGAAGAGAUUUUGGAAGAGAUGUAAUUGGUUCAACAUACCACCCUUCAACAACUGUUACAAAGGAUGAAAGGAUUGUAACAGACCACAAAGAAUUAAGAACAUUUACUCCAGCCUACAGUAGCUGGAAAAGCACUGAAAUGCAGCAAAAGACAAUUCCAGAAAGAAAGAAAACAGAAGUUACAACUUCAUCCACAGUAUCUUUCUCAAAAGAAUCAGCACAUGCUGAAAGAUCAGAAAAGGACCACAAGCCUGACACAAAGCCAGGGAUUUCUGAAAAUAUAAGAACAAAACCAACCUUCACUAGAUUUCCGAUGUAUGAGCUGAAUACCAAUUUUAAGCCAUCUAAAUAUGAAGAAACCAUAACUGAAACUCGGACCACACUACAAGAAAAAAGAGGAGGCAGCAAACCAACUGAAGAGAAAAAAUCUCUGCUGAAAGAAAAAGGUACGGCAGAGAAACAAACAACGGAGGAAAAAGAGAAAACAGAUGAGAAACCUUUUAUAGAAGAAAGAAGUGUUGAUUUUGGAAGGAAGACUGAGCAGAAAAAAUAUACCCGGGAGGCAGUCAUUAACCAGACGUUAACAGCAAGUGAUAUUUCUAAGGCAAGGGCUUUGAAAAGUGAAUCAAUCAAAAAAGAUACAAAUGUGAGCUUGGAAUCAAGAAGCAAAGAAGCCAUUGAGAUACCGAUCAGUCUUGAAAAGCCUGCUUCUAACACAGAAUCUCAGAAUAAUAAAGAAAUAAGGUCACAAGGCUUUAAAACUUCCACAGGAAGAGAAACAGAUGACCAUGUAACUAAACCUGCUGAAAUUCACAAAGUGAGUAUUUCAGAAGCAGAAUCGAAUCUGAAAGAUGAUGAGAGAAUUAGUGACAGAAGUAAAAAAAUGGGAACUCUGUCAACUGAAAAUAUAGCAGAGAAUAUUGUUGCUGACAUUCUUAAAAGUUUUACGCAGUCUUCCAGUUCACAAAUAUCAACAGACACGAAAGUGACCUAUUUUAAUAAGAAAGAGCAGCCAGAUGAUGGGAAAAUAAAGACUGAGAUCACAGUCCAAUCUCAAGUUCAAGAAAACAUAGAUAUUUCUGAUGAAGCUGACCGAGAAGGUGUAUCAAACCAGGAUGUUAGAAAAGUGGUUCGAGAGGGUAUUGAGAGAACUCCUUCCAAAGAGGAGAUAGAAGAUUUAGUACAUCAUGGCCUGAAAGGAAAUGAGGGCAGAAAGAACAUGUCUGUUAAUGUUGAGAUCGUAGAGGAGCCACUAGAUUAUGCCACUGAUGAAAAGACUGAUUUUUCAACACCUUUUGAAGUAGAGGAAGUGGAAGAUACAUUCCCUGAGAGAGAGAGGCGUUAUGGUGAAGAGGAACAAAACGUAACAUUCACAUACGAAGAUGUUAAAAAGAAGAAACAACGCCAUGAGAGCUUCACUCAUGUGGAAGAAAUAACUGAGGAAGAUGACUCACCUAUUGAACAAAAAUACUUCGUAUCUGUUCCUGAUGAUCAUCCUGUUAUUAACGAAAAAGACGAUGACUCAGUAUAUGGGCAAAUUCAUAUAGAAGAAGAAUCAACUAUUAAGUAUUCUUGGCAAGAUGAAUUUUUGCAAGGCACACAAAGUAAGAGAGAGGAAGGUGUAAGCUCCCCAGAAGAAACAUACCAAGUGGUAGGGGAGGAAGCAAGUGCCCAUAUUUUAAAAGAGCAUCCUGAAGCUGAAACAUCCCACGUUGAAUCCAUUGUUAUUGAAAAAGAAAUUAAAAUUCCCCAUGAAUUUCAGACUUCAAUAAAAGGGCUUUUAUCAAAGGAAACAAAGGACCCCAAACAUCAACUGAAGGAAGCUUUGGAGCAGUUGGAAGGCAGUCUCCCAGAAAGUGUGAAAGAGGAGCUGUCUGUAUUAACAAAAGAAAAUCAAGCUGACUCUAGUAGCGUAGAAUUUGAUAUCAAAAAAGUUGAUCAAACGGAGGAGGGUGGCUUGGUGAAAAUUGUUGCUGAAGUCAACCUGUCACAGACCCUUAAUACUGAUGAAUUCGAUGUAGCUCAGCUUGGUGAAGUAAUUGCAAGUGAGAAGGAGAAGGCAACACUGCACUCCCUGAAAAAAGAAAGCUCAGAGAGAGUUGUUGAUGGUAAAAGCAAUAUAGAAACAGAUGUUUCUUCCCGCAGUAAUAAAUACACUCCUUUCGCUGAUCAAGAAAUCUAUAACUCAUCCACAGUGAGGAGGAGUGGUAGUGUGGAGUAUCAUAGCACUGAAAAAGUUAUUUAUGACAGUUCAGUUUUGGAAACUGCAGAUUUUGGAGAAGUCUCUCACUCACCACAGUCAACUGAUGAGACCAGAUCCACAAGGCAUAUUAAAGUUGGUCCAGCAGAAGUUCAGAGAUUUGAGCAGAUCGUAUAUGAAGGACCUGGUUCUGAAACAGUGGAGCUCAGUGCUACAGAAGAUCUUGUUCAGACAGAAGGAUCAUCAGAGUUUAGCCGAUCUGUGAAGCAUUUUAAACUGGGUCCUAAAGAAAUCCAAACCACCGAAGAAGUAAUUCAUACAGGCCCUAUUACUACAACGGUAGAAGAGAUGGAUUCUGGAAAUCUUUCCCAGAAGUUUUCAACAGACUUCAGCAGGUCCACAAGACAUGUCACAGUAGGAUCAAGGCAAGUAACUGAAGAAGUCUCUUUUGAAGGGCCUGUUUCAGACUCUCCAGAGCUCAAUAGCUCAGGUAGCCUUUCUCAGACAGAAACCUCUGUGGAUGGCAGCAGAUCAAUAAGGCACUUUAAAUUAGGUCCAGAAGAGUUUCAUACUGAGCAAGUUAUCUUUGAAGGACCAAUCUCCGGUAAAGUGGAGGUCAGUGACGCUAGAGACUUCUCACGGACAGAAAGUUCUGUCAGACAUGUUCAGUUGGGUCCUCGAGAGUUUAUGACAGCUGAAAAAAUCAUCUACCAGGGGCCUGUCUCUGAGCACACAGAAAUCACUGAACUGGAAGACCAGACUCUUUCAGAAGGUUCAAGAAAGCAUUUUAGAGUAGGUCGAAUGGGAGUUAAAACCACUGAACAAAUCAUAUAUCAGGGCUCCCUUUCUGAAACUCCAGAGUUCAUUAACAAGGAAGGACAUCCUUCAGAGAAUGAAGGAAGCUCAGAUACCAGUAGAUCUUUCAGGCACGUUAAAAUAAGUCCUGGAGAAACUCAUGCUGAGCAAAUGAUCUUCACAAGACCUAUCUCUGAAACACUGGAAGAUCUUUCACAAACAGAGUCAUCUGAGAGCAGUAGGUCUGUAAAGCAUAUUAAAGUAGGAUCCAAGGAAACAUCUUUUACUUUUCAAAUGGAUGUUUCCAAUAUGGGUGGAAUAUCUACAGUAAAAAGUGGAGAACAGCAAGCAACAAUGUUCUUAUCUAGUCAACAAGACCCUUCUGUUAGUCAGUCACAGAUUAUAGAAAACGAAAGUAAAAGUUACGUUCUCUCCAGUUUUUCUCAAGAUCAUGGUGAAAAGGUAAUGGAAAAAUCAUUUUUUGAUAAAACUGUACAGUUGCAAAGAAUGGUAGACCAAAGGUCAGUUAUUUCUGAUGAAAAGAAAGUUGCUCUUCUCUAUCUGGACCAUGAGGAGGAAGAUGAUGAAGAUAAUGAUGGACAGUGGUUCUGA